AUGUCUUCUGAUCGCAUAACCAAGCCCACCGAUCCUGAUGCACUGAUCCUCGAAGCCUGGGGCCAAGGCUUUAUGGUAGGCAGUUUAAUCAUUAUGGCAGCGAUCACCGCGGCAAACAUGAAAUCGCACAUCAUGCUGCACAAACUGAUCUUUGCCGAGCUUAUUUUGGCUAUGGCGCAUGGCACCUUCAUCUUCCCCCACGAGCCCGUUUAUGGCUGGUAUCUGAGCGCCACAGCUAUCGGUCUCAACAUCAGUUGGGCCCUGCACAAUGUCAUCGCUUGGAUGAAGAAUCGCCCUUUUCUCUCGCGAAAGGUCUCGCUGUUUUACAUUGUCACGGUUAUUCUUUGUUGGCCCUAUUGGGGGUUAGAAAUCUAUGCGAAUUUCACCUAUUUCAACAAUAUCAACAAGAUCUUCCUGAAGACUCGGCCAUUGGAGCCGUUGUUUCGUGAUCCAUGGUGGAUCUUCACCACCUUCAACCUGUUCUGGACAAUUAAACGCGAAUACGCUUUCGGUAUAUGGGAGCUCAUUACCAUCAGUCCCCGCUUUGGCAUUAUGCUUGCUGCAAUGUGUCUCUCUAUCAUAUUCAUGAUUGUCGAUACCUGCAGUGUCCUAAACGUCUUCUCUAGCCUGCUUCCAACCGGCGUUGAGCCAUUCUGGAAGCUAUCCUUCAUCUUCAAAUGCCUCUGCGACACAGUGAUUCUAGACGAUUUCAAAACCGCACUCGACCACAUGCGCACACACUGGAUGCACAAGAAGAACGGCGAGCUAUUCAUCACUCCGAUCCCAACUCCCACUGCCAGUCCACGUGCCCAUAGGGCACGUCGGGAUAUCCGGGAUGUUGAGUCGACCGGUUCUCCAUAUUCAUGUUGUGUCUCCCCCUCGAAGAAACCACAUGGCUCCACGGUUCAUCUGGACCAUAUUCAUAUUCAAAAGGAAGUCCGCGUUCAGUCGGAAAUUCUCGAUGAUCAUAGUCGGGAGGAGAUCACAAUCUCGGAAGAAAUUCCCGAUAUCCCUCUGCGCAAGCCUUGA